UGGAUUUUAGAAAUAUGGAAUAAUAUUCCUAUAGAAAUGAUUAUUAAAUCAUUUAAAAAAUGUAGUAUUUCUAAUAAAUUAAAUGAUACUGAGGAUAAUUUAUUAUAUAAUUCAGAUAUUGAUUAUAAUGAAAUAAAUAAUAAUGAAGAUUUAAUUGAGAUAGUUGAGGAGGAUAGUUUAUUUGCUAAAGAAUUAGAGUUAGAAGAUUAA